UAUCUGCUGUACCAAAACAUUUAAAAUUCACCUACAGAAUUUUGGUAUCUGAAUAGAGAAUCAGAAAGAUUAUUCUAGGCUGUCUCUGAGAUGCCGUUAGUGAGUCAUACUUUGUUCUAAGUUCCUGCACUUCCAGCCAUUAGAGCAUGAAGCACUGUCACCUACCCGCACGGGCUGGCUGUAACUUUUGUGGAAGUUCUGUCCGGCGGCUGCAUGCCUAGACCACCGAAGCAUUCUGUCUGGACUGUAACAGCAGGCAAGGCUGAGCGACAUGUCCAGGGCGCAGAUCUCGGCUCUGGUGUGUGGUGUUGGAGGGUUUGGUGCUCUCGUGGCCGCCACUACAUCCAAUGAGUGGAAAGUGACCACCCGUGCGUCCUCUGUGAUAACCGCCACGUGGGUCUACCAGGGUCUGUGGAUGAACUGCGCAGGCAACGCCUUGGGCUCCUUCCACUGCCGGCCGCAUUUUACUAUCUUCAAAGUAGAAGGUUAUAUCCAGGCAUGUAGAGGACUCAUGAUUGCUGCCGUCAGCCUGGGCUUUUUCGGGUCCAUUUUUGCGCUCUUUGGAAUGAAGUGUACCAAAGUCGGAGGCUCAGAUAAAACCAAAGCUAAAAUUGCCUGCUUGGCUGGGAUUGUAUUCAUAUUGUCAGGUCUGUGUUCCAUGACAGGCUGUUCCCUGUACGCAAACAAAAUCACAACAGAAUUCUUUGAUCCUCUCUUUAUGGAGCAAAAGUAUGAACUGGGAGCGGCUCUCUUUAUCGGAUGGGCAGGAGCCUCUCUCUGCAUCAUUGGCGGCGUCAUAUUUUGCUUUUCGAUAUCUGACAACAACAAAACACCCAGAAUGGGCUACACAUACAACGGCCCCACGUCUGUCAUGUCUUCUCGGACCAAGUAUCACGGUGGAGAAGGAGAUUUUAAAACCGCAAGCCCUUCCAAACAGUUUGAUAAAAAUGCUUAUGUCUGAGAGAGCUCCUGGCCAGCUGUGUCUUGAGUGAGCUGUGAAAGCGAACUGUUCACACAACGACCCUUCCAAGGCCUUCCGUAACUACCGCUUCAGCUUGUUUUUUUUAAAAUAUGAAUUUGAAGACUGUUGAUUGGACGGAUGUAAAUGUUCUUAUAGUUGUAUACUAAUCACUUUCUGUUGUGCCUUCCUAUAAGGAAAAUAAACAGGUUAUUUACAGGA